CCUUGCGUGUCCCGGAAGUGAAAGCGAAGGACUGAUGUGUGUCUGGAGUGCAGGAACCUGUCGGUAACAUUUGUGUUUAGCGGCGGUUUUCUGGAUUAGAAAAUGGACACGUUAAAUAAACUGAAACAGUUUGACGCUUAUCCCAAAACUCUGGAGGAUUUCCGAGUGAAGACGUGGGGAGGAGCGACCGUGACUAUCAUCAGCGGUGUCAUCAUGCUGAUCCUGUUUGUCUCUGAGCUGCAGUACUAUCUUACUAAAGAGGUUCACCCUGAGCUGUACGUCGACACGUCGCGAGGAGACAAACUGAAAAUCAACAUCGACGUCAUCUUCCCUCACAUGCCCUGCGCCUAUCUCAGUAUAGAUGCGAUGGAUGUGGCCGGUGAGCAGCAGUUGGACGUUGAACACAAUCUGUUCAAACAGCGGCUGGACAAAGACCUGAAAGCUGUCACCCUCGAGGCAGAAAAACAUGACCUUGGUAUGGCCGACGAUGGUGAAGUGUUUGACCCCAGUUCACUGGACCCAAACAGAUGUGAGAGCUGCUACGGAGCUGAGACUGACGACCUCAAAUGCUGUAACACCUGUGAUGACGUGCGGGAGGCGUACCGGCGGCGAGGCUGGGCGUUCAAAAAUGCCGACACCAUCGAGCAGUGUAAGAGGGAGGGCUUCACACAGAGGAUGCAGGAGCAGAAGAAUGAAGGCUGCCAGGUUUACGGCUUCCUGGAAGUCAACAAGGUGGCAGGGAAUUUCCACUUUGCUCCAGGAAAAAGUUUCCAGCAGUCUCAUGUCCACGUGCACGCUGUGGAAAUUCACGACCUACAGAGUUUCGGCUUAGACAACAUAAACAUGACCCAUCUGAUAAAACACCUGUCGUUUGGUAAAGACUACCCCGGCAUCGUUAACCCUCUGGACGAGACGGACGUCACAGCACCACAAGCAUCAAUGAUGUACCAGUAUUUUGUGAAAAUUGUUCCUACCAUCUACGUGAAAACUGAUGGAGAGGUGGUAAAAACAAACCAGUUCUCGGUCACCAGGCACGAGAAAGUGGCCAACGGGCUAAUAGGAGACCAGGGGCUGCCGGGCGUCUUUGUUUUAUAUGAGCUGUCACCCAUGAUGGUUAAAUUCACAGAGAAACAAAGAUCAUUCACACACUUCCUAACAGGAGUUUGUGCCAUUAUUGGAGGUGUAUUUACAGUGGCCGGUCUGAUCGACUCGUUCAUCUAUCACUCAGCUCGGGUCAUCCAGAAGAAGAUAGAGCUGGGCAAGGCUUCCUAACAGCGUCCCCCCCUCUCCCCCACUGGCCUCCACGGUGCAAAACAGACCAAGACACGGACACAGAAAGAAGAGGGACAGACAGACAGACAGACAGACAGACAGAGGGAGAAGUUUGGAAGCCGAAUCAAGUAGUUUUAGUUUUUUUUUCUCCUGUCAGAUUGAGUGAUAAAUGCAGAGAGAGAGACAGAGAGGUUUUAAAUUAGCCAUGUUUUUAAUUCCUCUGUCUCUCUUUUCGCUCUGGAAAAGCACAGGAGAGGAACUUGUGGUCCUUUUUGAAUUCUGCUCUUUGUUAAAUUAAACGCCAACAGGACAGAGUCAGAAUCAGACAUCGACGGGCGACGUUUUGUGAUUGAACUCGAGCAGAAAGGAGGAGGCCUCAACUGCCUCCAGGUGCUUUUUCCUGGAAAAAGGGGGACUUCCUUCCCUCGCUCCUGUUAACGGUCGUGCUUCAGCGCCGCUCAGCGCUCCGAUCGCUACACUGAAUGUUCGUGAGACGAUCUGUGGUCGAUCCUUUGUUCCAGAGGGGUGAGGGUGAGAGGGCACAGAGACUUUUUAAAGAAUACGUCUCAUCCCUUGCUGUUUGUACUCCCAUUUCUUUUAACAGAAUCAAAGACAGACAUAGAUAAUAUUUUCUCAUGAGUACAAGGAAGUUAUUGUGUGAUCUCAAUGUAAUACAUUUAUUGAGAUCAGAAAAUUAUUGUUUUGGUCCUAGGAUUCAAGGAUAAAUCUGGUGAUAUUUUGUCCACAAAUCCCAUGAAAAGACCAAAUCCAACUAUGAACUGUUACCAAUAACAAGUAUUGUGUGUGUGUGUGUGUGUACGCAAAGCCUAAUAUAUCUUCUUCCUCUGUGCCAUAGAGUUUAAUUGUUGUCCAAAUACUAUUAAAAACACAUCAGUGAGCAACACUGUU